AUGUCAAAUUGUAGCGUUGAACAACUGCAUGCUUUCUAUGAUCAAGAAAGACUGAUUUUCCUAACAUUGGUCCAAAAACUUUCAAGAUCUCUAGCUGAGUCACUUCUUGUGAUGGCCACAUGGCUUUGGCUUGAAGACGCUGGCUUUGAGCACAUCUUCUCAGUUAUCAUGGCUCUCAACGAUCAAUUAAUUGCAGAUCUUGCUAAUGAGGCGGUCUUAUGCUUCCAGUGUCUUGAAUCUGAAGAAGCUCCAAAUGGUUUAAGUAAGAUCCCUAUGACUGCAAAAUUUAUGGAUAUAUCCCUUCAAAUAAUCUACCAAAAUCGAUACAGUGCCAUUACAGGAAUCAAAAACUUUUUAACCACUGUUUGCUCAAGAAUUUUCUCUGACAUCCUUCAACAAGUUCUUCCAUUCGCAUACAUCACUAGCCAGCCUCUCAUCAUCCCCGGGUUCCCGCAUCCAACUUUUGGGAGCAUCAACGUGAUUCCUUGUGUUGAUCCGUUGAAUAAUUUGUCAAACAGAAAUGUAUUCCCUAUCCCCAGUGGCAUAUGGGGCUGGAAUGCUAGUUGCAUUGCAACUGAAAACGACCGGACCCUUUUUCUAACGUUUUCUCGUGGAUUCCCAGUAUCUGAAGCGGAAGUGAAACUGCUAUUCACCGAAAUGUAUGGAGAAAACUCUGUUAAGGGCGUUCACAUGCCUAACUACAGUAGAAACUUAUCCAAAGAGAACUUGAAUAGUAAUGGUCAACAACAACCACUAUUUGCAAGGCUGGUUUUGGAUUCAGUUGUUACUGUGGAUCGUAUACUUAGGGGUGAGAGUAAACAGAAGUUUUACAUGUACGGGAAGCAUAUUUGGGCUCGUAAGUUUGAAAAUAGAUACAUAAAAUCAUUGCCGGUCUAA